UUUCGACCGGCAGUACCACUCACCUUCCAAGGUGUUGAAGUUGGAGGACGACCCGUGGGGGUCAUGUGCCAUGUACUCACCGGAGAAGAUGAAGUCCGGUGGGGGUCUCAUGGCACCCCCGGGCUGCUUCCCUGGUCGGUACAGCCCAACGUACCGCACCUCUGACCCGCGGCGAUGUGUACCCAACCCUUCGAGUCGAAUACUCGAAGACGCAUCGUUGAUGUGCAAUUCCUGGUCACCAAGACAUAACGGUGACAUAUUCAGUGGUCUCAAUGACGGACUCUUGAGUAGAGCGGAAGCACUAGCAGCAGUGGACAUCAGCAAGCAUCAGUCAGGUCCUCAGCCUGGACCUCCGCUGCCGCAACUCAAACAUGACAUGGUCUAUCACCACGGAGUCGGGGGUCCACCACCGCAUAACACUCGGCCGCAUCAGCCUUUCUUCUCGCAGAUGGGACAUCAUGGCAUGGAGGGAUUAGACAUGCUUGAGCCCGGAUCUGCAACAUCUAUGACCACACUUGCUCCGAUGGGAGAAGGAGCACCACCACAUCACCAAUUACACGGCUACGGUGCAAUGAAUCACGUCAUGAAUCAUCACCACCACACCGGUGGCCUGGCUCACGCUCCACCAGCACAUUUAGUACACCCCGGUGCUUCAUUGCAUCCUGAUACUGAUACUGAUCCGCGCGAGCUUGAAGCAUUUGCUGAAAGAUUUAAACAACGCCGUAUUAAACUUGGCGUAACGCAAGCUGACGUUGGCAAAGCUUUAGCUAACUUGAAGCUUCCUGGGGUUGGCGCACUAUCACAAAGUACAAUAUGUAGAUUUGAAAGUUUAACGCUGAGUCACAAUAACAUGAUAGCCUUAAAACCUAUACUACAAGCUUGGUUAGAAGAGGCAGAAGCCCAAGCAAAAAAUAAGAGAAGAGAUCCGGACGCUCCGAGUGUCUUACCCGCCGGUGAAAAAAAGCGAAAGAGAACAUCUAUAGCCGCGCCAGAAAAGAGAAGCCUCGAAGCGUAUUUUGCCGUACAGCCGAGACCAUCUGGUGAGAAAAUAGCAGCUAUUGCGGAAAAGUUGGAUCUUAAAAAGAACGUCGUCCGGGUUUGGUUCUGUAAUCAAAGGCAAAAACAGAAACGUAUGAAGUUCGCUGCCCAACACUGACCGUCGGGAGGCGGCGCUGCUCUUCUCUAUCCAGGAGCUGGAUACGGGUACUGAGUAGCCAACCGCUCCUACGUUAGCCUAGGUCACGGCUAAAACCGCCGCUCUUGGGGCUCCGGCUCAUGAGUGCUGAGAGUAUCCUGUCGUAAGCAAUAAUAUGAUCUCGUUUCCAACUCGUUCUUUUGAUAUCCUUAAAAAAUUUCGCAAUUAUUACUCGGUGUACAUAUUGUUACAGAUUAUGGUUUUAACUUAACGAUUCUUUUAGAUUUUCAAAUCACAGGGUACUUAAUGAAUUAUUAUUAUACAUAUCAACACAAAGAACAAAAGUCGCUUCUCGUACAUAUUGAUUUGUGUUAGCAAUACUUUUGUGGAGAUUUUACAAGGAAAUUUGGAAAUCAGGAUUUUAAAGUGAAUGUGCCUUGCAAAUAUUCAAUAUUCUGUGUUUAAUGUUAGUAAUUUCAUUACUGCGCGUCGCAGACUCGAAAUGGAUAUCAGGAAAGGAUGUCCGCUUAAAUGUGCACUUAUGGUCUUGAUUGCCAUCGUAGAACGUGCGUUUCAAUAUCUAGAACAAAUAAUGUUUUAAAUCAAGAAAAAAAAAGUGUUGAUUCGUGGGAGGAAUAUUUGUUUGAACUGUUCGGGCAGGCGAUUCCAAGAGUGUACAUUAAUGUAAAGAACGACAAAGUGUACUUGAGACUGUGACUAGGUAAAGAGUAAAUAUUGACAUAAGACGACAAUUAUUUAGUUUUAAAUAUUUUUUAACAAAUGUUAUUUUAUUUAUAUACAGCUAUGGUUCUAGUAAGAGUUGAUCACCAAAUACUAUUAUAUACUAUACUGUUUUAUUAUAUUAUAAUUGUUUCUUACUGUACAAUACAUUUUACAAAAUAA